AUGAACAGAAGAAACGUGUCGUCGUACGACUCACGUCUACACCCAGAAGAAAUGGAUUAUGAGUCAGACAUGGAAAAUGAUAUGUUUGAUGAAAAGGUGUCAUCGUACGACUCACGUCUACACCCAGAAGAAAUGGAUUAUGAGUCAGACAUGGAAAAUGAUAUGUUUGAUGAAAAGGUGUCGUCGUACGACUCACGUCUACACCCAGAAGAAAUGGAUUAUGAGUCAGACAUGGAAAAUGCUAUGUUUGAUGAAACAGAACAUACAUCCGUCUUUGAUGCUGAGAUAGAGUCACUUCACUAUGAGACUAAAUUACCUGCUGAACUGGAGUUCCCUGGAUCUGAGACGGUCGACUCUGAUUCUGAGACGAUGGUCCCUAGAUCUCAGAUGGUUCAGCGGGAAUUAGCUGGUUUUAAACGACCAAGAAAGCCACAACAGCCCCUUACUUUCGCUGAACUCAUCAACUUUAGUUGUUAUGGUGAGUACAAAAAGUCAGAUCUACUGUCUACAACUAAAGAGAUGGAGUCUGAGAUGCCAGAACAAACAUCUGUCUCUGAUGCUGAGAAAGAGUCUCUUCCUAAUGAGACUCAUUUAUCUGCUGACCUGGAAAUCUCUGGAUCUGAGACGGUUGUCCCUAGACCUCAGACGGUUCAGCAGGAAUUAGUUGAUUUUAAAAGCAGGCAAAUUGAUGAACUUUUGAAACAAGUGGAUCAUUUGAAAGAAAAACUGCAGAAUACAAAUACUUGUUUCCAUCAGGAGAAGGAGAAGAGGAUUGCUGCAGAGAACCAGUGUGAAAAACUGGAGGAACGACAUUUGUACUUAGAAGCGAUGUUUAGCAUAGAAAAAGAUGAGAAAGUCAAUGCAGAAAAGAAGUUUCUGGAAGAGCAAAAUAAUUUUAAACAUCAGCUCAAACAGAAGGAUCUAAUCUGUGAAGAUUUAGAGAAAUGUUUGCAGCUCAGAGUUAGCUACGAGGCUCAGCUGGACUCUAACAGGACGAUAGCCUGUGAGAAUUCAGAUCUUAAAGAGCAGAUCAAAGAUCUGACUCAGAGCAACUCUGAACUCAGAGUGGUCGUGGAAAACCUGACCUCUGAGAAUGCUGCUUCUCACCAGGAGUUGGUUGAGCAGCAGGAGAGCUUCAAACAUGAACUCCAGGAUAAAUCUGUCGCCUGUGACCUUUUGAAACAAGUGGAUCUUUUGAAAGAAAAACUGCAGAAUACAAAUACUUGUUUCAAUCAGGAGAAGGAGAAGAGGCUUGCUGCAGAGAACCAGUGUGUGCUUUACAAGGAGCAAACUAAAGAGAUGGAGAACGGUUUGGUUCAGCAGCAACAAAAGCUGGUGGCUUUAGAAAAGCAGUUACAGGAGCAGAAAAACGUGAAUGAAGACUUACAAGAAAUCUGCUCAGAUCUAAAAGGUGAGACAGACGAGUCCCGUUUUUCUGGAGUCUCGAGAAACGAUCUGAUCGAGAACUUUGAAAAGCUGGAGGAACAACAUUUGGGCUUAGAAGCGAUGUUAAGCAGAGAAAAAGAUGAGAAAAUCAAUGCAGAAAAGAAGUUUCUUGACAAGCUGGAGAAAUUAAAGGAGCAGCUUUCAGAAAAGAACGUUUUCAUCGAAAAUCUGCAAACAGAUUUAGAUCAAGAACGUUGGUUCAGACUCGUUAGUGUCCAGGAGCAGAAGAACGCCCAGCAUAAAGUUAACGAGAACUAUCAGAAGGAAAUGAAAGAUCUUAAGAAAAGGAACGAUGACCUCUCUGAGAUGCUGGACAACGUUAAAACGGAUCUGAAGAACAGAGACAUGAAACUUCUGGAAGAGCGAAAUAAUUUUAAGCAUCAGCUCAAACAGAAGAAGCUAAUCUGCGAAGAUUUAGAGAAACGUUUGAACAAAGAAAACGAGCUCCACCUGACCUGUGAGGAAGAACUCAAAAAAACUAAAGAUCAAAUGAGUUCAAAGAACGGAAAUCUCAAGAAGGAGAUCAACGACCUGAAACAGAAGAACUUGGAGCUCAGUCAGACGCUGAGAAGUGGUCAGGCUGUAGAAACUAAAUCAGAGCAGAUGUGUGAGGAUCUGCAGAAGUUUAAGCAGCUGCUCCAUGAAAAAAUGUCCGUCUGUGAAGAACUUAGCAGCAGUCUGGACAUGGAGAAGCAGCUCAGAGUUAGCUACGAGGCUCAGCUGGACUCUAACAGGGCGAUAGCCUGUGAGAACUCAGAUCUUAAAGAGCAGAUCAAAGAUCUGACUCAGAGCAACUCCGAACUCAGAGUGGUCGUGGAAAACCUGACCGCUGAGAACGCUGCUUCUCACAAGGAGUUGGUUGAGCAGCAGGAGAGCUUCAAAUAUCAACUCCAGGAUAAAUCUGUCGCCUGUGACCUUUUGAAAGAAAAACUGCAGAAUACAAAUACUUGUUUCAAUCAGGAGAAGGAGAAGAGGCUUGCUGCAGAGAACCAGUGUGUGCUUUACAAGGAGCAAACUAAAGAGAUGGAGAACGGUUUGGUUCAGCAGCAACAAAAGCUGGUGGCUUUAGAAAAGCAGUUACAGGAGCAGAAAAACGUGAAAAAAGAUUUACUAGAAAUCUGCUCAAAUCUAAAAGGUGAGACAGACGAGUCUCGUUUUUCUGGAGUCUCGAGAAACGAUCUGAUCGAGAACUUUGAAAAGCUGGAGGAACAACAUUUGGGCUUAGAAGCGAUGUUAAGCAGAGAAAAAGAUGAGAAAAUCAAUGCAGAAAAGAAGUUUCUUGACAAGCUGGAGAAAUUAAAGGAGCAGCUUUCAGAAAAGAACGUUUUCAUCGAAAAUCUGCAAACAGAUUUAGAUCAAGAACGUCGGUUCAGACUCGUUAGUGUCCAGGAGCAGAAGAACGCCCAGCAUAAAGUUAACGAGAACUAUAAGAAGGAAAUGAAAGAUCUUAAGAAAAGGAACGAUGACCUCUCUGAGAUGCUGGACAACGUUAAAACGGAUCUGAAGAACAGAGACAUGAAACUUCUGGAAGAGCAAAAUAAUUUUAAGCAUCAGCUCAAACAGAAGAAGCUAAUCUGCGAAGAUUUAGAGAAACGUUUGAACAAAGAAAACGAGCUCCGCCUGACCUGUGAGGAAGAACUCAAAAAAACUAAAGAUCAAAUGAGUUUAAAGAACGGAAAUCUCAAGAAGGAGAUAAACGACCUGAAACAGAAGAACUUGGAGCUCAGUCAGACGCUGAGAAGUGGUCAGGCUGUAGAAACUAAAUCAGAACAGAUGUGUGAGGAUCUGCAGAAGUUUAAGCAGCUGCUCCAUGAAAAAAUGUCCGUCUGUGAAGAACUUAGCAGCAGUCUGGACAUGGAGAAGCAGCUCAGAGUUAGCUACGAGGCUCAGCUGGACUCUAACAGGGCGAUAGCCUGUGAGAACUCAGAUCUUAAAGAGCAGAUCAAAGAUCUGACACAGAGCAACUCUGAACUCAGAGUGGUCGUGGAAAACCUGACCGCUGAGAACGCUGCUUCUCACAAGGAGUUGGUUGAGCAGCAGGAGAGCUUCAAACAUCAACUCCAGGAUAAAUCUGUCGCCUGUGACCUUUUGAAAGAAAAACUGCAGAAUACAAAUAAUUGUUUCAAUCAGGAGAAGGAGAAGAGGCUUGCUGCAGAGAACCAGUGUGCGCUUUACAAGGAGCAAACUAAAGAGAUGGAGAACGGUUUGGUUCAGCAGCAACAAAAGCUGGUGGCUUUAGAAAAGCAGUUACAGGAGCAGAAAAACGUGAAUGAAGACUUACAAGAAAUCUGCUCAGAUCUGAAAGGUGAGAACUCAGAUCUUAAAGAGCAGAUCAAAGACCUGACACAGAGCAACUCCGAACUCAGAGUGGUCGUGGAAAACCUGACCGCUGAGAACGCUGCUUCUCACCAGGAGUUGGCUGAACAGCUGGAGAGAGUCAAACAUCAACUCCAAGAUAAAUCUGUCGUCUGUGAAAACCUGGAAACAGGUUUCACCAACGAACAGAAGCUCAGACUCCAGCUUUCCCAGCAACUCCAGGAAACAUCUGGCCUGUGUGAGAGCCUGGAAAACCAGCUUAGAGACGAGCAGAAGAUCAGACUUGGUUUGGAGACUGAGCUCGCCCAAAACAGAGACGUGGUCAGUGCAGGUCAUGAUGAUUUGAUGGCCAAACUAGAACAGAUGGAGGAAAAAGAAACGAAACUCUGUAAAGUCGUCAUUAACCUCCAGUUAGAUCUGUUUAGAAGAAAAAAGCAGCACGAGGAAGAGUUGGGAAUCCUGAAGGAACAAGUCUCUAAACUCGAGGCACUGACUACAAAUCUGGAAAGUCAAAAUCAGAUCUUAAGACAAAAGACUGAAUGUUUUAACCCAGAUCAGCAAACAGAAGCAAUCAGUGAGCAGAACGUGGACGCUGCAGAAGGAAACAAGAGUCUUCCUGCUGAAAACAACUCUUUAGCAGAAAGCCUCGAGUCCCAGAGAGACGCUCCACACUCAGACACAAAAAAACUGGAUAAAGUUUCUGUGUGGAGGCGUUUCAAGAAAUCUGUAACACCGGGAUGUCUCCGUCAGCACAAAAACAGACAACCUAGCAACUAACCUCCCUCCUAACUAAUCAGAAAAGGCUAAUUAGAAGACAUCCCAUCGGGCAGCACUGUCCAGGAUGAAUCUGAGAAGUUAAACCAGCCACUGCCUCCCCAAAGACCCUGUUUUGAUAAAAAAAAAGAUAAAUAAACAAGCCCCCCCAACACA